AUGUCUGCUCCCAACCCCAAGGCCUUCCCGCUGGCCGACGCCACGCUCACCAACCAGAUCCUCGACCUCAUCCAGCAGGCUUCGCACUACAAGCAGCUCAAGAAGGGUGCCAACGAGGCCACCAAGACGCUCAACCGCGGCAUCUGCGAGUUCAUCGUGAUGGCCGCCGACGUCGAGCCCAUCGAGAUCGUCCUCCACCUGCCCCUCCUCUGCGAGGACAAGAACGUCCCUUACGUCUUUGUCCCCUCCAAGACCGCCCUCGGCAGGGCCUGCGGCGUCUCCCGCCCCGUCGUCUCGGCUUCUGUCACCACCAACGAGGCCCGCGAGCUCCAGAGCCAGAUCCAGACCGUCAAGCUCGCCAUCGAACGCUUCCUCAUCUAA